AGUGUACUCCACUUCACUUGGCCGCGCACCACAAGUCAGAGCAAUGCGUCGCACAUCUUUUAACAGCCGUGCAAAAAAUGAACAAUUUUCAAGCAGAAAGUCACGAUUCAACGCUCGAAUUUAUGAACAUGCGCACCAGCAAGGGACGCACGGCUCUGAUGCUUGCUACCGAAUUGGGAUACUUGGGCAUUUGUAAGAAACUUGCGGGCACUGACGUGAACAUGAGAUGUUCGGACGGUAAGACUGCCCUGCACUACGCGGCAUCCACGGGCAUGGAACAAGUUAUCUCCUAUUUGGUUGAGGAGCUCGUAGCAGAUUGUUCAAUAACAGACAAUCAAGGUUUUCUACCGUUACAUUCAUCCGCGGCUCACGAUCCAGAGGGUUUCGCAUACAUGUUGAAAAAAACUCCGGAAUAUCUCCUGAAUGAGAAAGUCAUUACAGAACUCACUGAUCAGGCCGCGAAGAAAAAGUUGAAGAACCUUGGAAUAAUGGCUAAAAAAGCAGAAUUUCAUAAACAUUUGGAGGCAUAUCGCGAUAAAUUUAAAAACAGCUUACUCCAUAUCACUAUUAGUAAUAGAAGUUUUUCAUCCGCGAAAGCUUUAAUUGAAAACACCAAAGUGAGCAGAACGGAAACAAACAUAGAUGGUAACACACCGCUGCACUUAUUGGCAAAGAAAAGUGCGUCAAAAACAGAACCACAAGAAGAAGAAAGACGAAUAGUUCGGAACGAGUUGCUCAGAAGCGCCAAAGAGAUUGUAAACUUACCCAACAAUAAGGGGGAAACUCCUUUGUUCUUGGCGUCUAUGUGCGGAGUUCGGGAUAUUCUCUGCUCCAUCCUGGAGAACAAACCUGAUGUCUUGAAAUGCACAAAACAAAAUCCCAGCAGUGCUGUGCACAUUGCCGCGCAGAAUGGGCACGAGGAAUGCUUGCGGUUGCUUCUACGCAAUCUGGAGCCAAAUGGUUUCAGCGAACUUAGAAAAAUGGAACGCCACCCACUGCAUUUGUCCGCCAGGAAUGGCCAUUUGGAAUGUUCAAAACUUCUGUUGACAAACUGGACGAAAAAUGAGAAUUGUCUGAAAAAUUUGAGAUGCAAGGUCAAGGAUGCAAUUGGUCAUUAUCCUGUAGACGAAGCAUUUCACGGCAGACAUGGCGAGCUUUUCAAAUUCCUGCUUUCCCAAAUGGAAAUCGAUAAAAAAGAUGGUUUGUGCGUCCGACUACACAAAUACUUCAAGCAGUGCCUGAACGAUACAGACAUAACUGGCGAGAAACAGACCGCCAAGGAUACAGCCAAGAAGAAGAAGCCAGCCAAAGAGUCAGCCUUGAAGGUGCAGACAGUCAAAGAGUCACCCAAGGAGAAGCAGCCAGCCAAUGAUUCAGCCAAAAAGGAUCAGCCAGCCAAAGAUUCAGCCUUGACGAAGCCGGCCGCCAAGGAUUUUGCUUUGAAGAAGCAGGCGGCCAAAAUUUCUGCCUCAGAGAGACAGGUUGCUAAAAAUUCCUCUUUCAAAAAAGCUGUUCUUGGAGCGGUGAUUGAGAGUCCGUGGUGCCCCGUAGCUUUUGACGGACAAUUCUGUAACAAUACUCACCAGCUUGUCUCCAGCAGCAGCCAGGAGGAUGUUCCUAAAGCGUUAAAACCAUGUGACUCCUUUGCAUUGCUCAUCACAAAACACCCGGACUUGGCCUGCCAAGCAAUGGAUAAACACAUUUCUCCUCGAGACGGCAACAGGGAACUUCACAACUACACUCCUUUUGAAUGCUUCUAUUACAGGAUAGAAGGUAACCGAGUAUUGUCCCCAUUCAGCGAAAUCGCGCCUGAUGUUGCGAAUUUUGACAAACCCGUGCCUGAAGCGGUGCAAGGGGACAACUACCGUGACGGUGUUGAAAUGGAGAGUGUAUCCUCUACACAGAAAAUAUCACGCAUGGAUGCUGCAAAUGGGUUCAACCACCUGGAACCUGGUGCAGAAGAAUUCAGCAAUAUGCGCUGGUCCAAAGAUCAUCCUCUCCUGAAGGCUGUUAAAGGAAGGAAGAAUGAAGAAAGAUUGAGGGAAGAUUUCGGCCGAGUGCUGUGCCACAGACUAACCAUCUCGUGGCUGCUGAACAAGUUUCGCUACGCUCAAUGGAUCCUGUAUGGCUACCUGGCACUUGACGUUGUAACUGCCAUCAUCGCGACCUGCCUCUUAUUUUUCACUUGGGAGUCACAACGUCUGCAGCGCACCUUCAGCGGCGCGACGCGCCUGCAGGUGACGCAUGCUUACGACGACACGCGCUCACCUUACGGCGACGCGUUGGCUGCUGCUAGAGCCGUGAUGCUCAUUGCUGACAACGACACCAACUGCAGCUCCUGGGGCAUCGGCGGCUGGGACUCAGCAGGCGAGAUGGAGGUGUCGUCUGCCGCCUGGAACCGUUCCGUCUGUGCCGUCCAUCACCUGCAGCAACACGCGCCGCUCAUUAUCACUUUCGAAGCUUUGACUCUGGCCCUCCUCAUAUUCCAUGCUCUUCUCGAGUACUAUUACCUUGGCAGAACAACAAAUGCGCCAGUUGACGUUCACCAAAUCAGCCGAUAUUUGCGUAUCGUGGCGCUGGGGCUGCUCCUGCUGGCGCUGAAUGCUUGCGACUUCGUCCUGGGCUGCCGACAGGUCUUGGUGUGGCAGCUGGAAGUGCUGGCAGUGCUGCUAGUGUGGGUUCACGUUGUGGCAACUCUGAACAAGAUUCCUCGGUUCUCCGGAUUCUUUUCAAUUAACACAAGGCUACUAUUUCACUUCACAUGGGCUCUUCUGCCUCUUUCCCUAUUUUUGCUGGCGUUUGCAUUAUCUUUCCAUUUUCUGUUAAUGGAUAACACGUCUUUCAGUUACAUGCCUUACUCUUUAGUGAAGACCAUCACGUUGAUGCUGGGCGAUUUUAGUUACGAUGACACUUUUGUUAAUGAUAACUAUUCUGUCUCGUACCCAUUCCUGUCAAACAUAUUAUUGGUUGUUUUCAUCGUCUGUAUUAUGGGACUCGUACUGAAAAGUGUCUUCGGAGGUUUUACAGCGAAGAUCGAUGAACUCAGGAAAGAGGACCAAGUAAACCAAGCAGUCUCGCUUCUCCACAUCCACUUGCUCAUCGAUGAGUGCGUGCCGAGAUUGCGUAAACAGCAUGCUUGUUCACUUUAUGUGAAUAAAAAUAGGAAAAAGACCUGGCGGUCAUUCUUCCGAGAUGUCAGUUCCGUGAUGCUACAAGAGCAACACAGUAAAACGUCAACAGCGGGUCUUCUGCAGACGAAGUUGGAGAAGGACGAGGAAGAAAUAAGUCUUAGGCAGACGAAGUUGGAGAAGAACGUGGAAGGAAUGAGACUUCAACAAACGAAGUUGGAGAAGAACGUGGAAGAAAUAAAGAAAAAUAUUGAACUUCUUCUAACACAAGUAGCAACUAAAUACCUUGUUCCAGAUGACCUGCCUUAAGGUGCCUUUGAAGGGGGAAAGUUUUAGCCGAUAGUAUUAUCGGAAAUUACUUUUCCCUUCUAGUUAUGGCAGCUGCAAGCUUAUACGCGAGGGAAAAAUUAGCUACACAGUAUUUUCUCAUCCGCAAGCACCAGUGUGUCAUUAAAAUCAAUUGAGUGAACUUUACGCUUCAUGGAACUAUUUGGAGCGUGACAGUAAUGGCGAGUUUAAAGAGGCUUUUGAUGAAACAAUUCGUGAAAUUGAUGCAACUCAAGCAGAGGAGAUCAAAAAUUUCAUAGAUCAACGUAUAGUGUGGGUGGCGACGAUGGACUUGAUAGGAAGGAGAAAAAACUUAAAGCAUCAUCGAUUUUAUUUCGUAAACCUACGGAGCGGCACAAAUGGGCACGUCACACCUGCUACAGCCGCAAUUGGGUCGGUCGCUCACCGGCCCAUGCCCCCAGUCACUUUCAUUAGAAGAAAAAAUUAAGCGGAUAUUCCAAUGGAAAGUGCUUGCAGCUAAUACUAUCGGUUAAUAAGUACUCCGUGUACCAGCAUCUUAACGAAAGAAGCACAGAAGAAUUAUAGGCAAUUCGCAGUCUAAUUCCUCAUCCUUUUGUUUGUUGUUACCAGAUUUGCAAUGCAUAUUUUCGUGAAUGAGGGCGCAGUUGCCAUAAUGUUGCGAGUUAUGGUGUAAGUAUUAAAAUCACUUGUUGGCUUAAAUCGAAAGUUAAC